UCAACCAAAUAAGGCUGGGUUCUGAGGUGGAUUGGAAACAGAGGAGAUGGCGGUAAAUUUCAAACAAGAGAGUGCUGAAUGGUGAUUGAGACUUGGUGAGCCCCCCAAAGCCAAAAGCAGAAGGCAGAAGCAGGGCGGCGGCAGCGGCGGCCAGACCACCGAAGCAACACCUGUAGGGUUAAGCCUUGUACAAGCAACCCACGUACACCAUCAUACUCACUCAUCAGCCCCACACUAUAUCAUCAUCACUCCCAUUAUAUAUAUAUAUAUAUAUAUAUAUGUAUAGAGAGAGAGAGAGAGAGAGAGAGAGAGAGAAAGUGAAGAGAGUAGAAUUGAAGUAAUUGAAUGGCGUAUGGAAGAGGCGGAAGAAGGCUGAUGGGGCCUCUGCUGGCGGUGAACUCAGUGGUAUAUAUGAUACUGCUGGGCCUAGCUGGAUGGUCUCUGGACAAAUACAUCGACGGCCAGCAGAAUCAUCCGCAUCUGGGCGGAAACCCUUCGACGAUAUUCCUGCUCGUAUAUGCAUUGAUUGCGGGAGUGAUAGGCGCGUGCUCUGUGUUUCUGGGGUUUGCGCAUCUUCGCGUGUGGAACAAUGUAAGUCUUGCUAGUGCUGCUACUUCAGCAACUAUUGCUGUGGCGGUAACUGCGCUUGCUUUCGGUUCUAUGGGAUACAGGCUUGUCUGCAAGCAGAUUACAAUGGGAGGGCAUAGGGGAAAACGAUUGCAAACACUAGAAGCGUUUAUCGCUAUAUCUGGAGUGAGCCAGCUGCUAUACCUGCUGCUGCUGCAUGCUGGCAUUUUUAGCAGCAGAUAUGGACCAGCUUACAACGGCUAGCGUAAAUCCAGCAUAUGGCACAACACUAUCAGGAUGUGCUAUCACAAAGACUGGAGAAGGAAGUUAGACUAUAGUUUCUGCCUGGAUACUUUGUUUUGUGGCUCAAACUCAAAAGGCAUACACUGGAUAUAUUUGCAGAGAAGUCGACACUUACGUGUAUUUAUUACAAAAAAAAAAACAUGUGAUGCCAUUAAAAUGAUGUAAAGGGAUUUCACUUCUUGUAAGGUCAAGAAAUACUGAUUCUAUUUUGGCUUUGAAAUGCCAUUGGAGAAGUUUGGAUGACUAAUACAAUGAGUUCUCGUUUCCUGAAUGCUGUGUGCAGGCAGGCAAUUCUGUUGACUUGAGCCUCAAGUAUGAUGAUAUAGCAAUUCAAUUCAACUCACAAUGAUGCUAGACUAGCAGUCUGAUUAGGAUUUUAUGCCAAA